CUCAGCGGCGGCAUUUUUAACUGGAUGGCCCGGUUGCAGCCCCGCCUUCUCUUUCCGAAGUUCUGGGCGAGGAAACCGAUGGGGCUCGCGAGCCAGGCCGCGCUAGAGCUGCGGUGGCUGCCGGUGCCCGAGCGAAGACUUUGGUGGUCGUCGGCCUCAUGAGCGGACGGCAGAGAACGCUUUUCCAGACGUGGGGCUCAAGCGUUUCCCGAUCCGCUGGGGCUCCCGGCCGCAGCUCCGGAGCCGAGCGGCCCCAGGGCUCGGGCAGCUCCGAGCCGCAGCCCGAGUCGGACGAUGACGUGCUGCUGGUCGCGGUGUACGAGGCCGAGCGGCAGCAGAGUCUGCAGAAUGGAGGCUUCUGCACCUCCGCGGGCGCCCUGUGGAUUUACCCUACCAACUGCCCGGUGCGAGACUACCAGCUGCACAUCUCCCGGACCGCCCUGUUCUGCAACACGCUGGUGUGUCUGCCCACCGGGCUGGGGAAGACCUUUAUUGCCGCCGUCGUCAUGUACAAUUUCUACCGCUGGUUCCCGUCCGGCAAGGUGGUGUUUAUGGCCCCCACGAAGCCCUUGGUGACACAGCAGAUCGAGGCUUGCUACCGGGUGAUGGGUAUCCCGCAGGCCCACAUGGCCGAGAUGACAGGCUCUACUCAAGCGUUCACCAGGAAGGAAAUAUGGCGAAGUAAGAGAGUCCUUUUCCUUACACCGCAGGUCAUGGUAAACGAUCUUACUAGAGGAGCUUGUCCUGCUGCUGAUAUAAAGUGUUUAGUCGUUGAUGAAGCUCAUAAGGCUCUGGGAAAUUAUGCUUAUUGCCAGAUUGUUCCAGCUUCGGCCAUUGGAGCGUUUCGCCAUGGCUCUGUGUCCUUUAGAAAUGUCCCUCCUCUCCCCUUCCUAAAGGAUUUCCUAACUUUUGGGUAUUCUUCAGCUGAAUUUCUUCUAUAUUUGCAGAUUUUGGAAGCAUUUGCCAGUCCUCUGAUUCACAGGAAUAUUUUGAUGAGGAGGGAUAUCUCCAGUCUAACAAAAUACCAGAUAAUUCUGGCAAGAGAUCAAUUUAGGAAAAACCCAUCUCCAAAUAUUGUGGGAAUACAACAAGGCAUAAUUGAGGGAGAGUUUGCAAUUUGUAUUAGUUUAUAUCAUGGUUAUGAAUUAUUGCAGCAAAUGGGAAUGAGAUCAUUGUAUUCCUUCCUUUCUGGAAUUAUGGAUGGAACAAAAGGGAUGACACGGGCAAAAAAUGAACUUUGCAGAAAUGAUGACUUUGUGAAACUCUAUCAUCAUCUAGAAAGCAUGUUUGCGCACACGUGUAAUACUUCAGCUGAAACUUCUGCUGUCCACAGAGGAGAUAAAGAUAAAAAUAUUUUCUAUAGUCAUCCAAAAUUAAAGAAAUUAGAAGAAGUUGUAGUCGAACAUUUCCAGUCGUGGAAUGCUCAGAAAACUACUGAAAACAAACGUGCUGAGACCAGAGUGAUGAUCUUCUCUUCAUUUCGCGAUAGUGUUCAAGAAAUUGCAGGAAUGCUUUUGAAACACAAGCCAGUUAUUAGAGUGAUGACUUUCGUUGGCCACGCUUCGGGGAAAGGCAUGAAAGGCUUUACGCAGAAGGAGCAACUAGAGGUGGUGAAGCGAUUUCGUGAUGGUGGCUACAACACACUGGUUUCCACCUGCGUCGGGGAGGAAGGUCUGGACAUCGGGGAAGUGGAUCUCAUCAUAUGCUUCGAUGCCCAGAAGAGCCCCAUCCGACUAAUACAACGAAUGGGUAGAACCGGGCGGAAGCGUCAGGGCAGGAUCGUUGUUGUCCUUGCUGAAGGGCGGGAGGAACGUACUUAUAAUCAGAGUCAGUCCAACAAGAGAAAUAUUUAUAAAGCUAUUUCAGGUAGCAAACAAGUUCUUCGUUUUUACCAAAGAAGUCCACGGAUGGUUCCUGCUGGCAUCAAUCCGGAACUGCACAAAAUGUUUAUCACGCACGGCGUCUAUGAGCCCGAGAAGCCUUCUCGGAACGCGAAGCGGAAGUCUUCUCUCUUUCCCUCUAGGAAUGGUAUGAGACAGAAUAACUCACAUGAGGAUUGGUUUUUAACGGAAGAAGAGUUUAAAUUAUGGAACACACUCUAUAGAUUAAGAGACAGUGAUAAAAUCAAGGAGAUAGCAUUGCCUCAGGUUCAUUUCCCGUCUUUAGAAGAAGCAGAGAGUGGACCGAUUCCAGAACCCACGCCUGGGACUCAUCAGCUCUCUCUCGCAGAGUGGAGAGUGUGGCAGGAUCACGCCUUUCCCACACACCAGGUUGGCCAUUCAGAACGGUGCCACCAUUUUGUAAGCGUCAUGCAAAUGAUAGAACGGAUGAGACACGAAGAGGGUGAAUGCAACUAUGAAUUGGAAAUGAAAUCGUAUUUACAAAUGGAAGAUGUUAGCUCAACGUUCAGAACUCCUGGGAAUCCUGCCAAAAUUACUCACAAGAAAUCUUUGUUUACAAAGAAUAUAAAUCAAGCCAGUUCAUUCUCAGUGGUAGACUCUGAUGAAGGAUGUGCUGAAAUUUUUAAACAAACUCACAUCAAACCUACUAAAAUUGUCUCUCUAAUGAAAAUAGCUUCUAAAGAAAUGAAAAAGGACCAGCCUAAUGAAAAUAAUGGUGAUACAGAUUUUUUAAAUACUGGCAGAAAUUCUCCAGUCGAGCCUAGUUUUCAGGUAGAUGUACCAGAUGAUAAAAGGUCAUCAGAUAGCAGUGGAGUUGCUGCCACACAUACUGUUAAUGAAAAAGUUGCUAAUCAGCCAGAUGUACCACUGGCAGAGGCCCAGUUGAUAAAUAAAUCCACUAACUCGGUUGCUGGAGGUUUUUUAGAUUCUGGCUAUGGCAGUUUCAGUGAUGAGAAAUCUGUUUCAUCCAACUUAUUUCUUCCAUUUGAGGAAGAGCUUUCUGUAUCAAGAACAAAUGAUGAAUUUCAUCCUUGUCACACACUGACGAAAGAGGUACUAGCUAAUGUAGAGAGAUUUCUAUCGCAUUCUCCUCCACCUCUCAGUAGACUCGCAGACUUGGAAUAUGAAAUUGCGAAACUUGAGAAUUUGCCCUUUCUACCCCACACAGAGCGUUUACACAGUUGUAAAUCCACCUCUUUGAUGUCAUAUUCAGCUGUGGGUUCUCAACAGGAUUUAGAAUUGGAUUCACUUAAAAUUAUUAAUCAGCCUUCUGAAAGAAACUGUCUCUUUGAUGCAAAUAACGAUAAGAUUUCUGAUGAGCCCUACUUAUUUGACAGGGAAGAUGAACUACAUAAGAAUAUUAAAAAUGAAAAUUUAUUAUCUGACAAUCAUGUUCACAUUCAUACAGAGCCUUCAAAGAGUUUAGUUGACAAAAACAAUCAUGAUGUUGAUAACAAUGAUUUCCCAAUAUUGUCUAUGGAUCAGAAUGAGAGUUUACUCCUGUUUGAAGAUUUUAAUGAAGAAUUGAAUGAUACGAGCCGUUCUCCCUUGAAAAGUAAUUGCAAAUCUUUUUCUGUAUCAGACAAAACUCUUGUAAGUGAAAUGGCUCCAGUCUCUCAGUUCUUAAUUUCUGAUGAACUUUUGUUGGAUGAUAAUUCGGAACCCCAAGAUCAAGUAAUUCAUGAUACUCAUAAUUGCACGUUGCAUGCAGAUUUGAAAGAUACACAUGAGGAAAAACCGAACAGUGAUGAAUAUGUUUUUGAUUGCUCCAGGGAUUUAUUUUCUGUUACCUUUGAUUUAGGAUUUUGUCCAGAUUCUGAUGAUGAAAUAUUAGAACAUACAUCUGAUGCAAAUAAGAAUAGACUUGUAGAUGAUCUGUCUGGAAAGUAUUUAGGUAUGAGGAAGAUAAAGGUUGAAAAUAAUGUGUUGAAUCAAUCAAGAGAUCAUGUUGAAAAUUUUACAAAUGAAACCAUACCUAUCCCGUCAGCUAAAGAUACACAGAGUCCACAGUUUGCACUGAGUGCAGCAAAAAUGAAAGAAUUUCUAUCUCCUGGAUUUUCUCAGUUUUCUUUGCCAGUAGAAGAAACAGCUAUGAGCACACCCGUCUCCAAAUCAAACACAUUGAACUCCUUUUCUAAUGUAAGAAAGAAAAUACUCAAGACACCAGAUUCUGAUAAGAAAAAAAACCUGCAAAAGUUUAAAGAGACCUUGAGUUCAACUUUUGAUGACUCAGGGUUUUCUCUACAAAAGGCUAAAAGCAGUGAUCAAGCCCUUCAGCAUCAGUCCUGUCGUUCUGCUGAAGGUGAACAAUUAUUAAUAAAUAGUGAAAGUGAAGAUGAGUUUUUUCUAAGAAGACGUAAAAAGCGAAAAGGAAAUGUUUUAAAAUCUCCUGAGGAUCAGAAUAAUAGUGAAAUCGAUUCUCCGGUCCAUGCUGUCAAAAAGCGCAGGGUUCUUAGAUCUGAAUUAUCAUCCAGUGAUGAGAGUGAGAAUUUUAACAGACCGUAUCCACAAUUAGAAGAAUUUAAGAAUUGUAAUAAGAAUGCUAGAAGAGGCAUCAAAGUCCAAAAUAGUCACCAAAAGCAUAUCGCUAGGAUGUUUCUGGAUGAUGAAGCAGAACUUUCUGAAGAAGAUGGAAGGUGCAUUUCAUCAGAUGAAAAGGAUGACUCAGAAAAUGAACAAGAUUCCUCGAUGUUGGAGUUCUUAAAUGAUGAAACUCAGUGUUCACAGGCUGUAAAUGAUUCGGAAAUGAGAGCUAUUUACAUGAAAUCUUUGCGCAGUCCGUUGAUGAACAAUAAGUACAGAAUACUCCAGAAGAAAUGUAACAACAUGAACGUUUUCUCACAGAUCCCUGAACAAGAUGAAACCUACAUAGAGGACAGUUUCUGUGUUGAUGAAGAGGAGUCUUGCAAAAGCCAAUCAAGUGAAGAAGAAGUUUGUGUUGAUUUUAACUUAAUCACUGAAGAGUGUCUUUCGAGUGGGAGAAAAAAGUACCCAACCCGCCAUGCAGUAAUGCUAAAGCAGAUGAAGGUGAAGCAGAAUUGUGCGCGUUCCAAAAAGAAGUUGUCCAGAGUCGUUCUACCAAAUGAUUCCAGUGAGGAGGAGAACAGUGUAAACGACAAGAGAGAUUCGCACGUUGUGGUUCGCUCAAGCGCUGUUGACAAGAGCGGUUGCCAGGAGGAUCCUUUGGAUUUAAAGCCUGCUGAGUCCGCAGUGCAGCUGAAGGUCGUUUCUAAUCCUGGGGUGGGUUAUGCUCUGGAGGACCCUUGUACUUCAGGGUCACACUGUUCCAAUUCAGCACCCCACUUGGCAGAGCUGGAUACGUCUCUUGGAUUUGCACAGGAAGAAAAAAGAACCUGUAUUCUUGUAGAUAGUAGUGAAAUAACUUCUGGUUUUGAAGUCAUUUCUUCCCUAAGAGCAGUGCAUGGGUUCCAUGUGGAGGUCUGUUCUCUUAACGGUGGAGGCUACAUUGUGAGUAACCGCAUGGUGGUGGAAAGGAGGUCUCAGUCUGAGAUGGCAAACGCUGCAAAUAAGAGCAAGCUCAUUGAACAGAUCCAGCACCUGCAGAGCAUGUUUGAGAGAAUCUGUGUGAUUGUGGAAAAAGAGAGAGAAAAAACAGGAGACACAUCAAGAAUGUUCAGGAGAACAAAAAGCUAUGACAGUCUGCUGACCACCUUAAUUGGUGCUGGAAUCCGAAUUCUGUUCAGUUCCUGCCAAGAAGAAACUGCAGAUUUGCUAAAGGAACUCUCUUUAGUGGAACAAAGAAAGAAUGUUGGUAUUCGUGUCCCAACAGUGGUGAAUAGCAGUAAAUCCGAGGCACUUCAGUUUUAUUUAAGUAUUCCCAAUAUAAGUUAUAUAACUGCAUUAAACAUGUAUCAUCAGUUUUCAUCUGUGAAAAAGAUGGCUAACAGCUCACCUGCAGAAAUCUCCAUGUAUGCCCAAGUAACUCAUCAAAAAGCUGAGGAAAUCUAUAGAUAUAUUCAGUAUGUAUUUGAUAUGCAAAUGUUACCAAAUGAUCUUAACCAAGAUAGACCGAAAUGUGAUACAUGAUCAGAUGCUCAGGAUGCUGUUCUUAAAUUCUCACAAUACUAAAUGCAUUUCAAGGGGCUGGGGACUUAGCUCAGCGGCACAGCGCCUGCCUGGCAGGCACGAGGUCGUGAGUUUAAUUUCCGGUACCGGGGAAAAAAAAACCCAAAAAACUAAAUGCAUUUCAAUAAUUGUGGUUUGUGAUUAUCAGUUUAAAAUAUGUAAAUAAUAUUUCCUUGUUUUGUGUAUAUUUUUAUUUAUAUGGAAUAUAUAAAUUAUUAAAAGGAAAUCUCUGUUGUACAAUAAUCAUUUUGACUAUGUAGAAAUGAAACUAACUUCUUAAAUUAAAUUAACGUUCAUUGAAAGUGCUGUUGAGGGUAGUUUAAUAACUAGGUGUUAAGGCUUGUGUCUAGAUGUCGCACCAAAGGCUCAUUUGGUCAUAGGUGGGGCUUUGCAUAGGUGGCUGGAUCUAGAGAGUGUGAUGCUGGAGUCAAGGGUGUUGGUUGCUAAAUUAGUCCACUGAUUGGUCGGGCAUAGGUCUGGGUGUGAGUAAUGGGAAGGCCCACCUCAGGGGUGAGUGCUGCCCACCUGAAGGGCUUCAGCCUCAAUCGGACAUAGGGACAGGAGGAGGGCUGCGGUGGUUGCUUCUUGGUGGCUGCUUGUCUGCUGCUGCUGCUUCACUGCGUCACCGCUUUGCUGUUUUCUGCUUGCCAUCAACUGUUUCUCCUCUAGAGGCCUCUGCCAGGCCACCCUGCCUUGGAGCCAGCCAACUGUGAACUGAGACCUCUAUGAACAAUCCUUUUAAGACCCUCUACAACAACCCUUUCCUUCUUCCCAUCCUCCACCUACCAAGGGUCUUUGGGACAGAAGUUACCAUACUAGUUUAUAGACAGAUCCUACAGUUACAAAACUGCUCAUUGUUACUAGAAUUCUAAAAGAACAAAAAAU